CUGGGAGGGCACAGGGUUUGGGGGUUCACCCCCCACCCCUCCAGCAGCACCAGCCCCAACACGUGCCUUUGGGCCGGGGCUGUGGCACCCGGGCGAUGCCCCCCGUGGUGCCAUGGCCAUGCCAUGUUCAUGCCAUGGCCACGCGUGUUGGUGCCGUGACCGUGCCGGUGCUGUGGCCGCGGGUGCUGGUAUUGUGCCGGUGCCGUGGCCGUGCCAUGUCAGUGCCAUGGCAAUGCAUGUUGGUGCCAUGGCUACGCGUGUUGGUGCCAUGGCCACGCGCGUUGGCGCCAUGACGGUGCCACGCCAGUGCCGUGGCAGUUCAUGUUGGUGCAAUGCCGGUGCCGGUGCCGUGCCCACGUGCUGCCCACGUGUUCCCGCGCACCCCCCGCGUGCUCCCAUCGCGGGACGUGUCUUAAUCAGCCACCGUGACCCCCCACUGCCGGGCCGGGGCCCCCCCACGCGGCCGCACGGUGCUCUGGGGCAGCUUGUCCCGGGGUGGGGGGCUCCGCCCGGCCCCCCACCCGCUGCCCCCCGCACGCCCCCCCACCCCCUGCACUCCCCCCCGCGCCCCCCGGGCCGCCCCCACGUCUCCGUCUCGCGUCGCCAUCGCACGUCCAGCAUCCAGCGUCGGUCCCGGGGGUCCACACCGGUGCCCCCCACCCCUCCACCACCUCCCCGGGCCACCCCCGCCCCGCGUCCCCCCCGUCCCCGCGCCCCCCUGCCCCCCCCCCCCCCCAAGCACAUACCUCAUGGCUCCCGGAGCUGCCCCUGCCCGCGGGCGUCGAGCCCGGCCGGCACACGGCCUGGCACAGGGCUCGGCACGGCCUGGCACGGCCCGGCCUGGCUCGGCGCGCCCCACCGGGGUCCCCCACUAUGCAGGGUGGUGGCGGGGGGGGGCCGCGGCCGGCGUCGCUGAAUGUAGGGGCGCGGGCCGGGGGGGCCACGGAGCCCCUGUGACAAUCACAGUCUGUGACGUGCGAUUUUAAACCCUUUUGUGUUUUGGUCAGGAUUUUAAAGAAAGAUAUUUUUAUGGUAA